AUGGGUAGAUCUUUACCUUUGUUAUCCACUGAACAAGUCAGCAAGCAUAGCACCCCCAAGGACUGCUGGGUCACCUUGUACAACCGUAAGGUGUACGACGUGACGGACUUCUUGGAAGAACAUCCUGGAGGAGCUGAUCUUAUCUAUCCUUAUGCCGGCAAGGACAUCACCCAGAUCAUGGCUGACACCUUAUCCCACGAGCACUCGGAAAGUGCCUACGAAAUGUUGGACGAUGGCAUGUUGGUGGGAUACUUGGCCACUGCCGAGGAAGAAGACGAACUAUUGAACAACAGAAACCGUACACUGGUGGAAGUGAAGUUGAACGAGCCUAAAAUCGACUUGUCCGAGUUCCAGGACGAGCUUCCAGCCAUGGAGUACUUAUCAAUUCAGACCGACUUUGCCGAAGAUGCUAAGAAGCACAAGUUCCUUGACUUGAACAAGCCUUUGCUUAUGCAAGUGUUGACUGGUGGCUUUUCCAAGGACUUCUACUUGGACCAGGUCCACAGACCAAGACAUUACGGUAAGGGUUCGGCUCCGUUGUUCGGAAACUUUUUGGAGCCUCUUUCAUUAACUCCUUGGUGGCUCGUGCCUUUGAUUUGGCUUCCAUGCAACUUUGCCAUCUUUUACGUUGGUUUUGUCAACCAAAACAAGGUGAUCGCAUUAAGUUUCUGGGUGUUAGGUCUUUGCAUUUGGACUUUUGUUGAGUACUGCUUACAUCGUUUUAUUUUCCACUUGGACGGAUACUUACCUGACCACCCACUUGCUUUGACCCUCCAUUUCUUAUUGCAUGGUAUCCACCAUUACUUACCUAUGGAUACCAAGAGAUUGGUGUUGCCACCAACCUUAUUCAUUGUGUUGGCCUAUCCAUUCUACAAGUUGGUAUUUGCAGUUUUCCCAUUCUACAUGGCUUGUUCUGGAUUUGCCGGUGGAACCCUUGGUUAUAUCAUGUAUGAUGUGACCCAUUACGUCUUGCAUCAUACUAAGUUGCCUCAAUUCUUGCAAGAGUUGAAGACUUAUCACUUGGAACAUCACUACAAGAAUUACGAGAUGGGUUUUGGUGUUACCAGCAGGUUUUGGGAUGUUAUUUUCGAAACCGAAAUUUACAAUACUUUUGAAAAAAGAAAUUAA